AGCAAAUCUUACUUUUAGGAGGUUUUUGGUAGAGCUCUGCAAACUGAGUUGUAGUUCACACGUUUGAUAAACUUGACUUGGAGUGAGGAAGGAAUAAUCUGAGUUUCAAAGCUCAGCCUUCGCAUGUCUAGUUUUGGUUCCUUUAUUCACCUUGCAGUGUGGUUGCGCUGAAACAUCUGGUUUUGUGUUCUGUUUAGCUUGUUGCAGACUUUGCAUUUUCUAUCACUACUGACAACUGACAGCCGAAACCUUCGUCAUUUUUAGUGCGACUGCUGACCAUCCACACUCCAGAGUGAGUUUCUAAACAGGACACAAACUGAAGACAUUUACAAGAACUCUCUAAAGAUGGAUUCGAUAUCUCAAGGGUAUGGUAGGAUGGACUAUUAUAACACAACUGGUCAGACACCGGUAUAUACAACCUUAAUCGAUACCUCACCGCGUACCGCUUCGAAUCGCCCGGCGUACAUGGUAAGCGCGUCAGCACUCGGUCGCCUCAACGGGAUGAUGUCGUGUCUAACCGGGGGGAGACAAAGCGGGAACGACGCGGAGAGCUCAGGCGGUGCAUCUCCAUCUUCAUCCACGGGGUGUAUUGAUGACGACGACGGUGAUAUGGGUGAUGUUUCCCGUUCUGCAUGUCAGCUCCUCCAGAGACCGACUGGAUUCACGAAUCCUCAACACACGAUUGAUGGGAUCUUGGGCAAGGGAGCGAGGCAGGAGAUGGGGAUGCCACAACCUAGAGCACACAGGGUGCAACAGCUUUGUCUAUCAGCUACGAGCCCGACUGUAAAUGGAUCUGCAAAUGAGGCCGAAUUGCCAAAUAGCAGUGACACCGACCAUCGCUCGGACUUCAGGGUGACCAACAUGGAGCGGGCAACCCCUCCAUCACCCGCCGUCUCCAGCAACCGAAGCCCCGGUCUGAACCACUCACCAGCCCCGCUCAAACUCGUCAAGUCCGAGAAAAUGACCAUGCUGAAAGUAGCGGUGGAUAAAGACAUUCUGGGUGGAUCAGGGAAGGGGAGAAUGGAUGACACGAGGAAGGAUCACGGGAGCGAGUCAUCAGAAGCUGGGUCACCGGGGAGUAACAACGCUACCUCCGGGUCGAGUGGAGGGGACGAAGACGCUGCUGCUAAGAGGAAGAAGAGAAGAAACAGGACUACUUUCACGAGUUAUCAACUUGAAGAGAUGGAAAAAGUGUUUCAGAAAACACAUUAUCCGGAUGUCUACUGCCGAGAACAACUUGCUCUUAGAUGUGAUUUGACAGAGGCCAGAGUUCAGGUUUGGUUCCAGAACCGUCGUGCGAAGUGGAGGAAGAGAGAGCGUUUCGGUCAGUUCUCAAACAUGCGUGCCAUGGCAACAGGAACUAACUACGAGAUGCCAAUGGCUCCACGGAACGACAACUACUCACAGAUAACAACAUCACCGACCUGGUCGACCAAUCAUCUCGGCGCUUCACUCUCCCCAAACCAGCACUCUGUACCACUGAUGCAGAAUGGAGGGGGAGGUGGCGGCUAUUCGCCCCACCAAACGCCACCAACGGGCACCAAUCACCAACAACUCAUCAAUGGGCUUACGUCAUCAUGUAUGGCACCACAGGGCAUGUUACCCAGCUACAUGGGUAUGCCGUCUCAGAACCUGCCUCAGUACGGCCAAAUGCCGCCCUCAACGUCCAUGUCCUCACCGACAUCUUCUCAUCCGGGGACCAUGAUGACCUCUGGGUCGGCCAUGAUGACGUCCGGAGCGGCCAUGAUGACGACGGGCGUGGCGCCAUUACCACAGGGUCUUGGUGAGAUUGAGACGGAGCGUCGCAGUAGCAGCAUUGCAGCACUGAGACUUAAAGCUAAAGAACACAGCGUUGCAAUGUCAAUCGUAGGCGCCUACUCGUAGAUUGGUCUCGGAUUGGUCUUAUCCAAAUGGUAGAUUGGCCGUUCGUACCCACCGUAGAUAUCUCGUAACCGCCGGUAGCUUGGCCGUUUCUAUCUGCAGUAGAUAUCUCAUAACGUACGGUAGCUUGGCCGUUCGUACCUACCGUAGACUAAGAUCAUCUCGUGUUGAAUGGUAGAUUGGCCGUUUCUAUCUUCCGUAGAUAUUCUAAUCCUCGCGAAUCGCUGCAAAACACAUCGUCUAUCUAGUGCGAUAUGAUGUUAGUGUUGGACAUGUGCUGAUGUUAAGGUGUGAAGUAUAAACACAUAAAACUGGAGGUGGUGCUUACGACGUUUCACUUUAAAACAAGACUAACAUUCAUGAAUCUGGUGCUAGAGAUAUUAAGGCAAAGCUGAAUCAGUCAUCCACGCUUGUUGUGUAUGUGUUGAUUCUGUAGUUUGACGGUGGUUCCAAUCCCCUCUUGUUAAUUGGAGAACAUGUUUGAUUUCAGCGGUACCACAAGAACAAAACAGUCGUCGUGGACAUUGCGGAAGCCUCCUUGUAUAUGCUGAAGCAGGGGACAAUGCGAACGUGCGCCCAUGUAAGCGAUGAAUUAAGUACCAACAAAUGAGGGCGCUGCAUAAGUUUGUGACGUCAUACACGGAUGUCCUUAAGGGAUUUUUAGCACGCCACUUUGCUCCCCUAACAGUAGUCUGUCUUGCCACAGACGCCCUGGAUGUAGUAAGACGACGGGUGCUAUAAUGUAUGCAUUAAACAAGUUGUACAUCAAAAUACAAAUACUAUCAUUUGUAUUUUAAUACAUACGCUCAGGUUGUAUAUUGUUGAUAAUGCAAUACAUGCAUUACCUUAUUAUAGGUGUAUAAUUAUUAUAUUCUUGGUUUUAUGAACACUUAUUUUAGAGCCAUGUAGUCUUAGCAACACAGUGAAAGAAAAAGUCGACUUUAUAUACGAACUAAGAAACAAAUAUGAAUGAUGAUACAGAUCGUGGAGAAAGUGACGUCAUAAAUUGGCGCAGUUCUUGACGAAACCUUCUGGGAGAAGUUGAUUUUAUGCCCGGCUCGUAAGAAUGUGUUUCUGACGGAAGGGACUACCUUUUUGGGGAUGAACAAUUUUAGUUUUUGAGUACACCUCCCCUGAUUUUAUUGAUUAAUGUAUAAAGAAAAGAGAAGGAAAAACAACUUAUUAUUACUGUUUGAUUUCGCCAACAUGCAUACUGUGUUAUUAUUUAACAUCCGGGCACUAUUUUGUUCUGCUCCCUUUUCUCCCUCACUAUUAAUGACUUAUUUACAUGGAGUUGUUUUUGCUUUGUUGCUUGUACAUAAAACAUUGAUUGGUUAAC